CCUAUCUGUCGAUUGAGGUUUAUAUAGUGGUCCCUGGGCCUGGUGAGCCAGACCAUCACUCCUGUAGAGAACGGGCUCCAGGGAGAUUUACCAGGAUGAGUAAGAUAACUUUCUACGAGGACAGCAACUUCCAGGGGCGCUCUUAUGAGUGCGAUGCAGACUGCGCUGACAUGCACCCCCAUUUCAGCCGCUGYAACUCCAUCAAGGUAGAUAGCGGCUGCUGGGUGCUGUACGAGCGUCCCAACUACACAGGCUAUCAGUACGUGCUGACCAGAGGGGAGUACCCAGAGUACCAGCACUGGAUGGGAUACAAUGACAGCAUCCGCUCCUGCCGUACCUUCUCCUAUACUAGCGGAGGCCCAUACCGCAUGCGCAUCUAUGAACGCCCCAACUUCCAGGGCCAGACGAUGGAGUUCGCUGAGGACUGUGAGUCUGUCCAGGAACGCUUCCGCAGCCGUGACGUCUACUCCUGUAAUGUUCUGGAGGGCUACUGGACCCUCUACGAACACCCCAACUACCGCGGCCGCCAGUACUUCAUGAGGCCUGGAGAGUACAGGAAGUUUAGUGACUGGGGCGCCACAUGCGCCACCACUGGCUCCUUCCGUAGGAUCACCGAGUUUUAGAUAAGAACACCUUCUCUGCCUCCCUAAACGCAGCUCGUCUCUAGGUGGCACUGGCUUGUCAAUAGAAGAGUAUGCCUAUUCUAACACACAGGACUGUGUCGAAAUAUUUUAUGAAUUUGAAAUAGAUCUUUGGUCAUUAAUAAGUUACAAAGGUAACUCUGAAUGAGUCUGAAUAAAUUAAUCUAUUGUGAAUGUU